AUGUCUGUUCCCGCCUUCUCCGACAUCGCCAAGCCGGCCAACGAUCUCCUGAACAAGGACUUCUACCACCUCUCGGCCAGCACCUUUGAGUUCAAAGACACCGCCCCCAACGGCGUUGCCUUCAAGGUCACCGGCAAGUCCAGCCACGACAAGCACACCUCUGCUGCCAUUGAGGGAAAAUACACCGACAAGCCCACCGGCCUCACCCUUACCCAGACCUGGAACACCGCCAACGUUCUCGACACCAAGCUCGAGGUCAACGACACCCUCGCCAAGGGCCUGAAGCUUGAGGGUCUCUUCAACUUCCUCCCCGCCACCGCCGCCAAGGGCGCCAAGUUCAACCUGCUCUUCAAGCAGCCCGGCUUCCACGGCCGCGCCUUCUUCGACCUCCUCAAGGGCCCCACUGCCAACAUUGACGCCGUUGUUGGCCACGAGGGCUUCCUCGCCGGUGCCUCGGCCGGCUACGAUGUCAACAAGGCCGCCAUCACCAGCUACUCUGCCGCCGUCGGCUACACCGCGCCCCAGUACAGCGCCGCUGUCACCGCCACCGACAACCUGAGCAUCUUCGCCGCCUCGUACUACCACAAGGUCAACUCCCAGGUCGAGGCCGGCGCCAAGGCCACCUGGAACUCCAAGACCGGCAAUGCCGUCGGCCUCGAGGUCGCCUCCAAGUACCGUAUCGACCCCGUCUCCUUUGCCAAGGUCAAGCUCAACGACCGCGGUAUUGCCGCCGUCGGCUACAACGUCCUCCUCCGCGAGGGUGUCACCCUCGGUCUCGGUGGCUCCUUUGAUACCCAGAAGCUCGACCAGGCUACCCACAAGCUCGGUGCUAGCUUCACCUUCUCGGGUUAA